CCUGUUUUUUCUCCCCCCCCCAGAAAAUGGCUGUUCCACCUGCUUAUGCUGAUCUGGGCAAGUCUGCCAGAGAUGUGUUCACCAAAGGAUAUGGUUUUGGGUUAAUAAAACUUGAUUUGAAAACAAAAUCUGAGAAUGGACUGGAAUUUACAAGCUCAGGUUCAGCAAACUCAGAAACGAGCAAAGUCAGUGGUAGCUUGGAAACCAAAUACAGAUGGGUGGAAUAUGGACUGAUGUUCACAGAGAAGUGGAACACUGACAACACGCUGGGAACUGAGAUCACUCUUGAAGAUCAGCUUGCACGUGGCCUGAAGCUGACUUUUGACUCCUCCUUCUCACCUAACACUGGGAAAAAGAGUGCUAAAAUUAAGACAGGAUACAAAAGGGAACACAUCAACAUGGGCUGCGACAUGGAUUUUGAUAUCGCCGGUCCUUCGAUACGUGGAGCCCUGGUGCUUGGCUACGAGGGCUGGUUGGCAGGUUACCAAAUGACUUUUGAGACAGCAAAGUCCAGAGUAACCCAGAGCAAUUUUGCUGUUGGCUACAAGACUGAUGAGUUCCAGCUUCACACUAAUGUGUAAGUAUUGGAGGAUGGG